AUGUCCAAAGAGCACACUCUGCCAUUCUUCAGCUUUCUCGACUCCGAGACCGUCUCUCUCAAAGCCACAGAGUCAGGUCGCCCAUUCCAGAUCCACCGUAGCCUGCUCGCUUCAAAGUCCAAGACUAUUGCAUCAGCAUUUGAUCGGGGCUUUGAGGAGUCCAAGAAGAAAGUCUAUACCUUUCAGGAUACGUCCGAAGGAACCCUUGCCCGGUUCAUCGAAUGGGCCUACACGGGCGACUACCCCACCAUCCUCAAAGCCACCCACGCGAAUGAACCGACGAUCCUGAAAGCAGAGCCUAGCCCCAACGGAACAAAAACAGAUGGCGAGACUGAGAAGACCAAGUCUGACUCGCCGGAUAAUCUUGACAUCAACCUGAUCUCCCUCUCCGCGCCCGAAACAGACCUCACGCACGAGAAUCACCCGCUCCUCGCACACAUCCGCCUCUACGUUUUCUGUAGCAUCUACAUUAUCCCUGACUUGCGAGACCUCGCAUUCACUCGUGUAACGACAGCCUUCAAGGAUCUUAACCAGCCGACUACUUUGGACACCCAGCUCGCCGUCAUCGCUGCCCUGCGCAUCUCGUUCCACAACCUGCUAGCGAACGACCGCUUGCUGGACUGGCUCGCUCACUACGCCGCGUACUGUUUGGGUCAGCUGCGCGUGCAGCGCGACUUUCACGAUUUGCUCCAGGAAGCGCCUGUUUUAGGGUCUAGAAUGGUGCUGUCGUUGUCUGCUCCUGGUACCCCUCCUUGGCAGGUGGCGCCGCCCAAGUACAAUUUCCCGGCUUAUGUGCCUGAUUCGACGUACUCGGAGGAGGUGUGA